AUGUUUAGAAGUGCCCGCCUCAAUCGCUUUUGUAUCAAACGAUACAGCACACCGCCUAAACAAUUUGGUGACCCUCACCAUGUGCCUCCUCAACAUGAACCCACACAGGCCCCACCAAAGAGCCUAACACAGUUUGAGGACCUACAACGUCAGGAGGAAGCGCAACAAAAAAACCGCUUCGGCAGGGUUGCUCUCAGUAUAGUUCUUAACAUAGUGCCGCUUGUUGUAGUAUGGAAGUACUACAGUGACAAGUUAGAGAGGGUCAAAGAGGAGUCUGAGAGGCAGGCUAUUGCGGCUCAAAGAAUUAUCAAUAGAGAACACAUCAAGGCAGGGAUGCUCGUUACGGACGUUGAUCGGCUAAACAAAAGAAUACAAGCACGAAUGGGUCUUCACAUUGCAAUGCUUAGGAAACAACUCGCAGACGUCGGUAUCGAUCCUGUUAGCUCAGAUAAGACUGUUGACGAGUUUACUAAAACAGUUGACAAUAUUACAGAUCUGCAUCGAGCUCAAGAGCCCGCCUUCAUGAGAUAUACUCCCCAACCGGCAGAGUAUAAGGAUGAUCCUAAAUUCUUUCAGGCUAUAGAGAGACUCAAGCAGAGAAUUAGUCAUCAGGAACAACCUACAAUGACCACAGAAGCACCACAUGAGCUAUCAUCGUCUAAAAGCCCAAGUUCAUAG